AUGGACGUCUGCGGGAGCGUUCACGAACAGGAAAGCGACAGACCAAGAAUCUGCCGUGUGCCUAGUUGUCGGAGGUUCUGUUCAGAUGACUGCGGCGAAGAAAGAAAAGGGCUAAUACUAGGCGUAUACGAGGGAGAGAACAACGAGACCCUCUUUACAAAAGCGGCAUCAAAAUUCAACGAUCAUUCAGGCGGAAAAUUAUACGAAUUAUUAAAAAAAGCUGGUAGCGAUAUUCGGAAGGGUCAAGCAAAAGUUUUCAACAAUGUCGACAAGGAGUUCUGGGGCGUUGCCGUAGUUGGAUUGGGAAGAGAAAAUCUGGGUUACAAUGAAUUGGAAGCUAUCGAUGAAGGUAUGGAGGCUGUCCGGGAAGCGGCUGGAAUGGGUGCUCAGCUCCUGAAAGAACAAGGCGCUACGAGAAUUCUGGUAGAAGGAUUAGGUCAUCCGGAACAAGCAGCCGAAGGCACCGCAUUAGCUCUAUGGCGGUAUCAGGAGAACAAAUCCCGUCAAUAUUGGCAAGUGAUACCAACUUUGGAGCUUUUCGACGAUUGCGAUGCGGAGAGUUUCCAACGAGGUUUGUUUAAGGCGGAAUCUCAGAAUUUAGCCAGGCGUUUGUCGGACACGCCAGCCAAUCAAAUGACGCCAUUGCAUUUCGCUCAAGAAGCCGUAAACGAGUUGUGUCCUUGCGGUAUCAAAGUUAUGGUACACGAUAAGGAUUGGAUCGAAUUGAAACGGAUGAAUGCGUUUCUGACUGUAGCUAGAGGAUCCUGCGAACCGCCUGUUUUCCUGGAAAUUUCAUACUGUGGAGCACCUGUUGAUCAAAAACCUAUUUUGAUGGUUGGCAAGGGAAUUACGUUCGAUGCUGGUGGUUUGUGUUUGAAAAAAUGCGAAGGUAUGGGCCGAUUCAGAGCUGAUAUGACAGGAGCAGCGGCUAUAGUAGCUGCUAUUCGAGCUGCUUCUGCCUUGAGUCUUCCAAUAAACAUUGACGCCGUUAUUCCUCUAUGUGAAAACAUGCCGAGCGGAAUGGCGAUGAGAGUUGGUGACGUAAUAAUGAGUCUUAAUAAUAAAUCUAUCAGGAUAACUGACACUGAUAACGAAGGAAGACUUAUAUUAGCUGACGCUCUUAUUUACGGUCAAGGUGUGUCUCAUCCACGAUUGAUAAUCGAUGUCGCUAGCUUAACUCCCGGAGUCAGGGCUGCACUAGGUUCAGCAGCAUCCGGAGUAUUUACGAAUUCCCAAACUAUGUGGUCGCAAGUUCGUAAAGCGGGCGUUAUUACGGGUGACAGAUGUUGGAGGCUGCCUUUAUGGAAAUUCUUUAUCAAAAAAGUGACUCGUUUCCCGUCACACGAUGUCGAUAAUAAAGGCUUGGGACACGGAUCUAGUUGUCUGGGGGCAGCGUUUCUGAACGAAUUUAUAGAUUGCGUCGACUGGAUUCACUUCGAUACAACUGGUGUAGGUUUUCACAGCGAACAUAAAGUUUACUCCUAUUUAACCAAGGGACGGAUGACCGGUAGACCUACACGUACUUUGAUUCAACUCCUUUAUCAAUUGUCUUGUCCGUCAGAGGGACAGCGAAAAAUUGAAUAA